AUGCCUACGCCAAUCGCCUGUAAUACUGUCCAGCUCUGGACAGCCGUUCGCGGCUUCUCGGAUGCACAGUUGCGCUGCAUUGAGACACGUAUUUACGAGUUUUUCUGCGGCAGUAUUAGUCCUUCGCAGUCUAUUCCGUCGUCAUCAUCAGGACGAGCAUCCGAUCUUUCGCUCACUACCACUGUAGAUUGCUUCCUUCAGCUACAACUUGACGACAAAGUCCAGUCUGUGCGUGUGGACGACUUUGUGAACGUGUUUCUGUCCUUUCUGCACCAACAGACUCAAUUGCAUACGGACGCGCAAGGACCUGACAUUGCAACGACAUCUUCAGCUUCUGAGACGAAGCGCUCCACGAGCACGACUUCAGUGGAUGACCACGUGGCUACAUUUGACCCGCACAGCCUGACUUUUGAAAAUGAGUUCCCGCAACUGACGCCAAUUCAUGUGGCACCCAAAGUAACCAAGCGCCGAAUUACGACUACACUGUUGACAUGCAAGGAACCGACCAUCGUGGCUCGUCCAAUGCCUGCAACCAUCGCGUUUCCACAAUUGGGAACACCCGAGGGCACAACAAGGUCUUCAAUGUGGGCCAAAAGAUCUUUAUUGGAAAAACGCAUGGCCACUUUGAGCUCGACAGCCAGGCAAUCACCGGAGCAGACAAAGAGCACCGAAAAGAAGCCCACGAAAACGUGGACAAAUGUUGACAAGGAACACGUGAGCGAUACGGAUGAAGCAAGAAAUGCUGUGCCUGAAGGCGUGAAAACGACACCAGAAGUACAAAAGAUGGAGAGUACAAAAACGAAGGAGGCAGAUCAAGAAACUGAUAGUCGCUUGCACAAUAAAGCGAACGACAGCAUAUCGCGAUAUCAGCACAUCAGAGUAGAGCAAAAAAAGCAUUUAUUGAAGCGCGUGACGGAGAAAAACAAGGCGAAACUUACGUCCACGAAGCAGAAGAAUCUACGGGGCUGCCAACCGCUCACCGCUGCGCUGGCGAAGGGUACGAGUGCAAAAACGAACGCAUCACCGGAGAAUUUUGCAGUGAAUACACAGGCGGCCAAGUUGUACGGAUAUCUCAUCAGACGGCGAUUUGUCAAAAAUACUUGUGCCGAGCUGCAGGUUGUCAUUGGCUUGUUGUACCGGGCUGACUGCACAGCGUGUCACAAUAGCCAAUUGCAUUGGCAGAACGUAGACAACAUCUCUACUGUGUCAUUGUGCGUUGAGCCGUCCGAGUUUUGUUGGCGAACGCACUGUCUCGACUUCGCUGAGAUCGUUUUUCAAGAGAUUGAAGAUGUACUGAUGUGUCUAGGCGACAAUUUACUUGCUCCAGUGAAACAGAGCUUGUGUCGUGUAGAGCGGACGUGGUCAAGUAGCUUAUUGGAAAGACUGGAUCUAUCGUCACGCCGACGUGAAGAGCUUCGUGUGACAGAAAGUGCGCGAAUCGGCUGCCAGUUACCAGUGGAAAUGAGGGCGAGUGCCGUACGGGACUUUACAAUACCAUUUAACGAAGAGUUUGACUCCCGCUUGUACUAUCGAACACGAGCGGAAUCCCUUUUGUAUGCCAAUCGCGAAAAGAUCCGAGACCUGUUUUUGAGCUUGCUGCGUCAAUUCCAGCAGAAGCAGCACAGUCUUGUUGGUAUCGAAACUGCAGGGGUGGCAGUCGAAGCUACAGCUGCAGCAAGGAAGUUGCUGGUGGAGGUUUCUCCUGAAAACAAAUGGUGGUUCGCCCAUUUUUUUGUUCAGGAGCUGAUUCAGAUCGGCGCAAACCCUUUCGGUGAGAGCGACAAGGAUCUCUUACUCAAGAUUAUGGAAGAUAAGCUCGUGGUGAGAAAUCCCGAUCGGCUGCGCAAGCUACACCGACGUUUCUCAAGUCAAAAGUUAUCGACCAAAGUAUCGCCAUCCAACGUACAUGCCUAUCGUCGAAGUCCGGACGUAUCGAGUAAUAGCAACACCUCUGCCCAGAGAAACAAUAGCAGUUGUAACCGGUCCGAUGUCCAGUCUAGUACGAACGGGGUUGAAGCAAGCAAAACCUCUUUAGCUGCGCUAAAUACUACGGAGCGCUUUUUCACGGAUAACCAGCUCUUCUUUUUCCACUUUCUGCAUAGUUGUGACAGCUACAACUUCUCCGAGCUUGUGAAGCACCAAUUAGUGCGACAAUUUUACGUGCUUGGUGACACUAGUGCUGCGGCUGCAGAUGCUCGACAAGGCUUCACGGAAGUAGUAUUGAAGCUUAAGGUUGUAGCAAAGUUUCUGGGGUACCUUCGCUUUUCACCACAGUGGCAAGUGACGUGCUCGUUUCGUGAGCUUUCAUUACAAAAUGCUGCCAUGAAGGCUAUUGAAAAGGAGGGAAUCGAUACGCUCGAGGUAGGCCGCGGCUCAAAUUUUGAUGUGAAACAGUUGUUGGAGGCGAGCAUUUUGCAAGCAUCAAUCGCUAAGUGCAUCCCAUGGCUCUGCGACUAUUUAUCAAUGCUUUCGCUUGAUCGGUUGUCGCUGGGAACGACAUAUUUUAAGCAGCUCGUGUUGAUGUUGCAGCUUUUGUAUCGCUCACCACUAGUUGACUCGCUAGGUGAGACUGGGCUUUACAUAGCGCUGCAAAUAGAGCGCAUCCUUCAGGUGUUGAAUGUGGACGAGCAUCGAGACGAACUUCGAUCUCUGGUGCUACUUCCGUCGGAACGAGUGUGCAAGACGCUCUCGAGUGGUGGCGGUAAAUCCUUAUUGGAAAAGUCGGUAAAUGGUGCAGAAGAAGACUAUUUACCAUUUUUGUACAACCAAGUGUUUAUUCAGAGCUGUGUGAGUGAGCUUGAAGACUUGCGUGAAUUUCUGCAGACCCAAGCGCAAGAGCCGCUACGACGCAAUAAAAACUUGGGUAGUGUUGGAAAAAUGGCAGCAGGGCAGAUGGUAGCACCUGUUCGCAAACUCCGACCGUUGCAAGUUGUGAUUGAAGAGGGUGCUUGCUCUGACAAGAGUUUGUCUUUAUUCACCGACAGUACUGGUCUAGCUGCGCCUCACCAUACAGACGAGAACGACAAAUUGUCCGAGGCUCUAUUCAAGGUGCAUCCAAAGAUGAAAGCUGUGGUGGAUUUCGUUACUGGAACAUUGACGAAAGACGUGUGUGAACACGUCAUAACGUGUGUUGUCACGCCUCGUGCGGAUGCGCUAGUCAACCAGUGUGCAUCUGAUAGCGGUUUGCUUAAUAUCAAGAAAAAUGUAGACGUCUCCGCAGCGCUCGAUGAGCAUUCUGCCAUUGUCGAGCUAUCUUCGUUUCAUAAGCUGCUUACGACAAUGACUUGCCCUGAAGCAAACUUGACAUGUGCUUCAGCUUUGCAAGAAGCUCUUUGUCUUGGGGAGAAGCGUGUAAUUGCGGCAAUCGUUCCUUUAAUGUCAUCGUCACAUCCCACGCUGAUCAAAUCGAUUACCUCCGUUGCGGUACAACGCACGCGAUCCAGCUUAACAGCACUGGUACCGAAAAACUCCCAGACGGAAUUCAUUAAGCGCGUAGCCUGUCGAGAGAAAGAUAUCUUAAAGAACUUUGAUCUUACUGCGAAGACGGCAGUAGCCAGUCUUUCGUUUACGACACCAGUCGAACCAUACGCUGGUAUGAAGGCCCAAGAAGAAAAGUUGUCACCCGAGAAGGGGCACCCGUACCAAGAAUUGAGACGGCAUGUUGCUCUCAUUUCCAAGAGUUCUAGCCACGAUGGAUUGAAGAAGUCAAGUCUUGCCGAGUGGGAAUCGCAGGUCGUCGUACUAUCUUCGAGUCUCUCGCAGUUUAGUAUCUUGCUCAACGAUUGUAUGGAGUCUGGUGACUUUACGCGUGAUCUCGGAUCUCCAUCAAGUGUUCCAGCUCUCGUUAUUUGGGAUAUUAUCUGGCGGGGUCUCAUGUCUUGCUUAACGUUCAUUGAGACAUCAUUAACCAUAUUUGAUGCGUGCAAACUGCUCUUGGUACAAGAUGGCCGUGCAACGAGUGUCGAGAACUGUUUCGUCAAAUUUGUUGCUGACUUUGCAAUACUACUCAAAGUGAUCGUGUGGUUUGUGAAGAAAAGUCCAAGAAGAGACAUCAUAUUUUCUCGUUUACGGCCCACAAUUACUUUCGUAGGGGAAUACAUGAUGCAACAACCGUCUGCACGUUCUCCUUUACCCAUCGGGCGUGACCAAGUAUCUGAAAGUCUCGUGAAAUGGGCUCGUUUAGUAAUUGCUGAACAACUUCGCGAGGUUGUGUCACCUUUUCUGGCACCCGCUGAUGAAGCGACAGCAGACAGCUGUGCUUAA